CCUGAUUGAAGAUCACACGUUGGGGAAAAAAGUGAAGGAAAAAUACUGUCAUAGCUUUGUCAUGAAUUUGUAGUAUUGCAGUUGCGGGAGUAAGUAAUGACUUGCUGGUGUUGUCUUUGGGGCGCAAACAGGAGGUCAUGCAUGGGGCGUUGGCGCUAACUACUUAGAAGCACAUGUUUUUUUCCAUGUCCUGUAAUCCCUCCGAUUAGAGAGACACUAACUAACGGUAGGUUAGCUUUUCUGGGUCGCUGCUGACGAUUAACAAGCAAGUUUUGCUCCAUAGUAUGCUUAACUUGUUCAUAUGGAUUGGAACUCCCGAACCCGAAGUCUACAAGUGUGGGACACCGAGCUGAGUGCGGAUACCGUGGAGUGGUGUCCACUGCCUCAGUGGUCCCACCUGCUCGCAUGUGGAACUUACCAGCUCCAGAAAGGCGAGGACAAUUCAGCAGCGGAAUGCGCGACUCCAAGCCGAAUCGGUCGCUUGUAUCUAUUCCAGUUUCGUUCACAGGGAUCUUUUACCCCACCACUAACUGAGAUACAGCGAAUCGAUACUCCAGCUAUCCUAGAUUUAAAAUGGUGUCAUAUACCAGUGCUCGAGCGCCCUCUGCUGGGAAUGGCUACAGCUUGUGGAGAAAUCCAGUUGCAUACGUUCAUCGAGACGCAGCACAACAGCUGCGGUUUGGAGCAUGUGCUAAGCACGGAAUUGGGUCCUGACAGAUUAGUGUUGUCACUGGAUUGGUCAACAGGAAGAGGUGAAGGUAUUGACCCACGUUUGGUGUCCAGUGAUUCAACAGGCUCCCUUGCUGUGUUGUCUCUUGGGGAGGCCAGUUUGACUACUGUCUCCCAAUGGAAAGCUCAUGACUUUGAAGCCUGGAUCUCAGCUUUUAGCUACUGGGAUACACAGCUAAUUUAUUCUGGUGGUGAUGACUGCAAACUUAAGGGUUGGGAUCUGAGGAUGGGGUUUGAUUUCCCUACUUUUGCCAGUAAAAGGCAUUCAAUGGGAGUGUGUAGCAUACACAGCAACCCCCACCGAGAGCACAUUUUAGCCACUGGCAGUUAUGAUGAGAAUGUGCUUCUGUGGGACGAGAGGAACAUGCGACAACCCCUCAGUGAAACUGCAGUGGGUGGGGGGGUGUGGAGACUCAAGUGGAACCCUGUUCACAAACAUCUGCUCUUGGCUGCAUGUAUGCACAAUGACUUCCACAUUCUCCAUUGCCAACAAGCUUUGGAUGGAAGUGAAGGACCAUGCCCUAUUCUGGCGUCCUACAUCCUGCAUAACUCCUUAGCCUAUGGAGCAGACUGGUCAUGGCUUCCUCUGAACAGCUCAGCAUCCUCCUUACCUCAGGAAGCUGCUCCGGUUAGUGUGACGUUCCCAGACCUUGGAGGUCACCUUCGGAUCCAGUAUGAAUCCCCAACUGCCAGCUUCGACACCUCCCUGGAAGAUGACUUGGGUCACUACAUUCCUGACCACACACCUCCACCAGGGAAGAGUAGCCCCCCGGAACCUGUUCCUCUCCCUAGCACUGGCGAGAACUCAGCCCCCCUAUCUUGCCUGCUGGCCACCUGCUCCUUUUAUGACCACAUGCUGCAUGUUUGGAGAUGGGACUGGAGUCCAGGGAAGACUGAGGAGGAACCUGGGGAAGAAACAACUGAGCCUCCUCCCACUUCCUGAGCGUUGAUCUUUGAGUGGAAAUGCUCUUAGAAAAUAGGCUAGCUGUGGAAUGUUUGGAGAACGCAUCAUUUGGAACUAAAUAUGACUUGGCUAAUAAACAAUAUCCUUAAGCACAGUAUGUUGUAAUACUGUACUUAAAUAGGCAAUUUUUGGGUUGCAUUUAUGGACAUUUUUAGAGAAUUCAAAUUUAGUCUUUCUGGUCAUUUCCCCCCUCUGUUAUUGACCCCGUUACUUUUUUUUUUUUUUAAAUAGUUAUGUAAACAGGGAAGCAAAUAAAAUAUCAAAUGUUUUCUGUAAAAUUA